CAAGCGCUGUGAUUGGCCCUAGCGCGUAACAGAGUAACAGACAUUGUCAUCUAUCGAUAGACGCUGUCGAUCGACGCCACAGCGUUGUUUAUAAUUUAUAUGAUGUAACUGAUGUAAGUUUUAUAAUUAAUGUGCGUCGUUGUUGUUUUUGUUCCACCGCCAUUUGCGACAUACGGAUAUUCUUAUUUCUUUUAUACGGUGUGUAUAAUCGGUUGGUGCGUUCGCCGUUUCGGUAUACUUAUUGUAACUCGUAAGUUUUGGUUUUACAAACAAUCGGUCCGUGGUCGUGUGUAUUGUGCUGAAACGCGUGUGCCAACGUCUUACCUCAUCAGAACAGCGACAUUCCGUUGUGCGUGCAGUGGUGUCGAUACUCAAUUAUUGAACAAGUACCUAGUCGGAACUUGGACAGCGAAUGCGAGGGCUUCGACUGCUUCGAGACAGUUUCAGAUAAUACGUAACAAUGUGGUCAUUAAUCAAAAUUAUUGAUACGGAUGAGGUAACAUACUAUGAUGUAGUACCAAAUAAGUGGAUAGUGAAUGAUAAACACUGCUUAUACCCCGUUGCUCGAGUAAGCACUAUAAAAAAGUUGGCAAAAGAAAACACAGAUUGCAAAGAUGAUUGGGAAGUUUUCAAUAUGGUCAUUAUUGAACAAGAUAUUAGUGAUUAUGAGAGAGGAUAUAAAAUGAUGAUAAAAGCAAAUAAAAAACAAAGUGAGUCUAAUUUAGAUUCUGAGUUUGAAAUUAGAGGUAAAGGUUGCCGAAAAAAAACAACUUCUUCAAAGCAACUUUUUGGAAUAAGUAGUAGCGAUGAGGAUAUUGCUGUAGAUAAUAAUGAUCCACAUCCUUCGACCAGUUCUAUUGAAAACUUAGGACUACAAGCCAGAUUACCAGUAAACAUUGAACGUCAGUUUCCUACUCCUCCACCUGUAUUGUUGAAAUCUGCUACAAAGAGAACAUUUAAUUCAAUAUCAACUUUGUCACCUUCUACAUCAAGCUCUAGAGCUGUUAUGAGUACUCUAGUUGAAGGUGAUAAGUCUUCUAAACCUGUAUGUCCUUUAAUUGGUACACGUUACAGUAAAAACGAACACCGAUGCUCUUCAUCAGACCUGUGUUUCAUUUCUGCCGAUUUAAUGAAACUAAGGAAUACUGUUUCUUAUAUUAAACAUCAUCUCAUUGAUAAUAAGGAUACAACUGAUGAUAAAAAAACUGUAGUAGUAUCUAAUUAUGAAAUGGACAAUAUAUUUCCAAUAAAAAGUGAAGAUGGUCUUAAGAUGUUAGAAAACAAACUUGAAGAUAUUGAAUAUUUUCAUAAACUGGUGUCCACAAUUGCAUUUACAAUUGGUGGGAUAAAGAGUUUAUCCAAAAUGACAACAUCAACAAUGAGGAUAAUGUUUUCAGAUGAAUUUAUUGCAGAUUAUAGUUGGAAGGGGCAAAAAAAAAAAAAAAGUCUUGAAGCAAGUCCAAUUCACAAAGUCAUAAUAAGUGCAAUACAACACAAAUUUCCUACCACUACAAAAGCUAGUAUUAUAGAAUUUAUAAGCCCAUGGAUGGCUCAGAGCGUAACCAGAAUUAAAAGAAAUGCCAUUAAAGUAUCUUCUUUGACUACUUCAGCAAUAAUAGAUGAUGAUGAUCCUGCCACAUGUUCUGACCAGCCUAUCUGACUUAUAACCAGUUAUUUGUUACAUCUAAGUGUGGUUAUUGUUUUUAUUUUAUUAUACUUAUAAGUUGUUAUUUUCUUUUAUAAAUAAGUAUUAAUUCCAAGUGUGGUUAUUGUUUUUAUUUUAUUAUACUUAUAAGUUAUUAUUUUCUUUUAUAAAUAAGUAUUAAUUUCAAGUGUGGUUAUUGUUUUUAUUUUAUUAUACUUAUAAGUGUUAUUUUCUUUUAAAAAUAAGUAUUCAAGUAUAGCUAUAAUUAUAUACAUUAAUAUAUACACACUAAAUAUACAUAUCUUAUUAGGUGUAUAUAUUAUUAUUUUAUUUUGUAUUCAUUUUAUACAUAUUAUUACCUAUGCCUAACUAUCAAGGUUCUUUAUUAUUUUAUUUAAAAUUAAUUUUUUUUUUUAUGAUAUUGAAUUAUAAAUUAAUACAUGUUUUUUUUUUAAUAAACAAAUUCUUGCAAUUCUAUAACGGC